GCAUUGCUCGAUCCAAACACUCCCCUCUGCCGGCCGAUGGAUGCAGGCAGAUCGAUGGAUAGAUGGAUGGAUGGCCAUGACCUAACCCUAGAUAUGUGUGUGUACUAAUGCUGAAAAAAAAUUAUCAGCUAACUUUUGACGAAAAUGGAUUCUUCACGUUUAUUGGUCUUCUUGGGACUCUCAUUCACAGCCUCAGCCACUGCAGCCAUAGUCUACUUACUCUUACGAAAGGAUGAAGAAAGCAGCAGUCAUGAUGGUAGUAUUAAAAGUUCACGAAAAACUUUGAUUCAAGUAAAAGUUCCUAAUGACUUAAUGGGAACAGUUAUUGGACGAGGAGGGUGUACUGUUAAGAAUAUUCAAGAAAAGAGUGGAGCAAGAGUAAAUUGCAAUGAUGAAUCUUCUAGUGAGAAAUACCGAGUUGUUACAAUCCAAGGAACUCCAGAAUCUGCGCAAUUGGCAGAGUCAAUGAUUCAUGAAAUCAUCAUGAACCAGCCACUCAUUAUUUCUCACGAAAUGUGGGUCCCAGCUAGAGCAUGUGGACGCAUCAUUGGUAGAGGAGGUGAAACAAUCCGGUCAAUAACUCGAACGUCAUGUGCUAAAAUAAUGGUAGAUUCAGCUGGUGAUGAUGAACGAGCUACUGAGAGACGUGUUCUGUUGAAAGGAACUGCAGAGCAAAUAGCUUUAGCACAGUCUCUCAUUGAAAAGGAAGUUGAAGAAGAAGCUGAUUUUCGACACCGCGUUGAAGCUAGUAUUGCCAACCGAUCUCCAAGAAGAGAAGCAAGGGACUAUUAUAACUAUCUGAUGGCUCCUGAUGAUGAUGCUGAUGCCAAUGUUGAGGAAAAACAGCACCCAGCUCGCCGAUUUGAGCGAUUUGAAGGUGUUGGACAAUCGGGAUUCUUUGAUGUAUUUGUGUCCGCUUUGGAAAAUCCAGGCCAAUUCUGGGUUCAGUUAGUCAGUCAAAGAGGAGUGGAAUUGGACCAACUAGUUGACAACAUGACUGAAUACUACAGCAAACCUGAGAACCAAGAGCUUCAUACUCUCCAAGAGAUAAGUGUGGGUCAAAUUGUUGCAGCUCCAUUUGACCAUGAUAACAAGUGGUACAGAGCAGAAAUAUUGAAAAUUGAAGAAGAUGAGUAUGAUUCAGCUGAAUCAAGAGUAACUCUUUACUAUGGAGAUUAUGGUGAUACAUGCACAGUCAGGCGCAAAAGUUGCCUUGACUUACGAACUGACUUUCUGACUCUUUACUUUCAAGCUAUUGAGUGCAUGCUAGCCCAUGUCAAACCUCAUGGUGAGGAGUGGUCUGAUGAAGCUACAAAUCUAUUUGAAGAUCUGGCACAAGUUGCCAUGUGGAGUAAAAAGUUAGCCCAUGUGGUAACAUACCGGGAAAGUACUCAAAAGAAAGGUCAACGAGCUGGUAGCCCAGUUCCUGUAAUUGAAAUUCAUGAUAUGGAAAAGGGGUUUAACAUAGGAGAAGAACUUGUGAAACAAGGUUUGGCUGUGUGGGAAGUUCCCUCUCAGUUUGAAGAUGCUGAAGAUCCAAAAUCUAGUGAUUCAAACCAGAAGGUAGCUACUGCUCAAACAAAGCAAACGGGUACAUACCGGACUAGUAAUGACCCAGUGAGGUUUGCACAGAAUUCUUCUACUUCUGUGAAAGUUCCCAACCCUGUGAAAAUGUCACCUAUUGCAGUAUUUGGUUCAGAUUCAGAGUUACCUGCACAUAGUUUUGAACCUAGGCACUCUCCGUCAUCAUCAUCAUCUUCAUCCGCAUUUAUAAACAGGGAAAAGAAUGUAAAGCAGGGAGGGUUCAAACCUAAAACUCUUGAAACACCUAAAAGAAGGCAACAAUUUGAAGACAAAUCAAAUCCCAAAAACGUCAUCUGUCUUCCAGAAAGGUUUAGUAGUGAUGAGGAUUCUGAUGGUUUUGCGUUAGAGUAGUGAUAAUUUGUAAUGUUCCUCUUUCAACGAAUCAUUUUACAUCCAUCCCAUUAUCAUUCAUUGUAUGUUAAUAGAAAUUUAAACAAUUAUACCUAAAUUAUUAACUGUUGUUUUCUUCUAACCCUUAAUUGAAAAGCCAGAAAACACUGUUGUUGUUUGUCUUUUCUUCCAAUGUCUACUAUGGAAGAAUUACAAUUUCCUAGACUUCGUUGUUGCUUUCAAUAACUUUUAAGCUAUGAUCAACAAGUUGAAAAUGAAUUUUGUCUUGUACUUUAUUUAACAAUUUAGAAAAUAAACAAUCCAUAAAAGCUGUUAAGUUUUGAAACCACAUGGAUAUGCCAAAGUGUAGUGCAAGUGCCAUUAUUCAGUUAUUGCAGUAUUUGGCUUCUGUGUGCAUUUAUUUUAAACUUUAUGACGAUAUUGAGUGAACUAUUUACUAAUGCAAUUCAGAUGCUGUAUGUUUAACAUCUAAAGUUUUAAUUUGUAUCUAGAUUUUCUGUCAAAGUUGGAAACUAUGUAACCAUUUGGAAAUAAGGGCAUUGUCACUAUAUGAACCUAUUGUCAUAGGCAUAUGCUUGUAGAUGAUCCAUGUUUCAUUUAAUAAACUUAUUAACUUGUGUCA